UUUUGAUUUUUUUCCAGUGUAAAUUUUAGAUGAUUGGAUAAAAAUACUCCAAAUUGCAUAUUAUCUCAUUGGUGUGAUAGCAGCUGCGUAGGUGGUAAUGUGUUCGGAAUUGAAGUGCUGAUAAAAAAGAUCCCGAGGUCGUGCUUGUAGAGAAUGAAAGAGUGUUAGAAAAAAGAUUAAAUUUUUUUCAUUCCAAUCGCGUUUUUGUCGUGGCGAGACGACGGAUCGAAGGUGGAGUGCUGGCGCAGCAGUUGCUUGUUCAGUGUGUAGUGUCUGGUUUUGUCCAGAUAAGUACCUACUAUCAUUAUUUGUAAGACGGUGUGUGGCAAAGAAAGUAGGGACGGGUAAAAUGGAUAUUAUUUCCCCGUGACUCACAGCCGUGUCUGGAUGUUGCAUCUGAAUGUUUUUCGGUACCUUAGUGCUAUUUAGAAACCAGGUUCUGUAUGCCACCUGACGUGAAGGAUGUUGGCGUCCAAGUCACGUACAAGUAGAUAAAGAGGCAGACGGCGACAAGAAAGAAGUAAAGAAAAACAAGAAGAUUACUAAUAUUUAGUCAAGUUUGCGUAUUACUCGCUACCUGUAGACUGAGUAUCGAGUUAAAAAGGAGGUCAGAUUGCAAGGGACAGACGCAAUUCACUACUAACGAAAGUAGAAAAGAAUUGGGCUAGUGCAAUCAUGAACGGAUUAAGUUUCGGCGAACUGUGUUGCCUGUUUUGCUGUCCACCGUUUCCCGGUAGAAUUGCAUCAAAACUUGCCUUCCUUCCGCCGGAUCCAACGUACAAUCUUACUCCGAUUGAUGAGAGCAAAGCAAAGUAUUUGCUCAGCUUUAACGAACGAGCCGAGUGGCCUUACUCGGAACGGGAAAAGGAGAACGUGGAAGGAUUCUUCACAAGGACGUCCCGCGGCAACAAGCUAUCCUGCAUCUACGUCCGUUGUUCUCCGAAUGCCAAAUACACCGUGCUGUUCUCGCACGGAAACGCAGUCGAUUUGGGCCAGAUGAGCAGCUUCUAUCUGGGACUGGGACUGAGGAUCAACUGUAAUAUAUUUAGCUAUGACUACUCGGGAUAUGGUAUGAGUACCGGUAAGCCUUCCGAGAAAAAUCUUUACGCAGACAUCGAUGCGGCGUGGCACUCGCUUCGGACACGCUUCGGGGUUAGCCCGGAAAAUAUCAUCCUGUACGGACAGAGCAUCGGAACGGUGCCAACGGUGGAUUUGGCGGCGAGGUACGAAGUCGGAGCGGUCAUACUUCAUUCGCCGCUGAUGUCCGGCAUGCGGGUAGCAUUUCCCAAUACCAAGCGCACCUGGUUCUUUGAUGUGUUUCCCAGCAUUGAUAAGGUAUCGAAAAUUAGCUCACCAGUGCUGGUUAUCCACGGAACCGAAGACGAGGUGAUAGACUUUUCCCAUGGAUUGAGUAUCUACGAGAAGUGUCCCAAGGCUGUCGAGCCGCUGUGGGUCGAGGGAGCCGGCCAUAACGACGUCGAGCUGUACAACCAAUACCUGGACCGACUGAAGAAGUUCAUCUCGGUUGAGCUCAACAACUGACAAUUAAAGAACGCUCCUGGCCAACCGCCACCACCUCCACCACCAGCAGCGGCAGCAUCAUCUUCAUCAUCAUCAUCGAAUCCCGGUACCAAAAGUCCGAAACGAGCAUCCGGAUCCAAAGUGACUGCAGCCGAGUCGAGCAGUUCGGUGGAAAAAGCGCUUGCCGGCCAUGAUGCGCAAUCGACCAAGUCCGCCGGUGGCCGCAGUAGUACCUCGAGCGGUGCAACUGCUUCUACCAGCGACAAGUUGUUAUAGCAUUCGUUAC